CCGAAACCUUAAAGGCUUAAAUAAUCUAAAACAUCCUAAACGAGGUAAGAACUUUAGAAAGAAGGCAGUUCAAGAAAACGGGAGCUACUGCCGGCCGAUGAACAACGAGACCACCUCUAUCUCCAACAAAUUCCAAACAAUGGCGACAAAAUAUGUGAAGGCCAAUGCUGAUUCACACCAUCCCGCUUCCAUCCACCUACACAGUAACAACUCCACAAUCCAAAACUCCGAAGAACAAGGGAGACAGGGAGGAAAAAGCAGCUCCGAUAGCUUCCCCUGUUGGUACUCGCCGGAAACAGGGAUAUACAGAAGCACGCACCCUUCCGUACAACUUCCGACCGACCCAUUCCUCGACGUCGUCUCCUUCAUCUUCUCCCACAAACACGGCGGCGCAUCUUCUCUGGUCGAUUCACAAUCUGGGUUUUCAAUUUCCUACCCAGAGCUCUACUCUCUGGUCAAGUCCAUGGCCGGCGGUCUCCACAAAAUGGGCGUUUCACAAGGUGAUGCCGUCUUGAUCUUGCUUCCCAAUUCCAUCCAUUUCCCGGUGAUCGUUCUGAGUGUUCUGAGUCUAGGAGCAAUAGUGGUCCCCAUGAAUCCGCUUAGCACUUUGUUUGAGGUAAAGAAGCAAGCUUUAGAUAGUAUGAAUAAUAUCUGUCUGGCGUUCUCUUCCCUCAACAGGGCUGAAGAAUUCAGUGCAUUGGGUAUCCCGGUGAUCGGGUUGCCGGAAAGUUCAAAUCUUGAUUUCCCGGCGGGCUCUGUUUUCUUUGAUUUGAUUCGCAGCGAUUUAAAGAGGGAAUAUAAGCCAAGAAUCAAGCAGGAAGACACCGCAGCGAUUCUGUUCUCGUCUGGGACGACUGGGGCUUGCAAGGGAGUAGUGUUGACUCAUCGGAAUUUCAUAGCAAUGGUUGAACUGUUCUUGAGGUUUGAAGCUUCUCAGUAUGAUUAUGACAGCAGAAAGAAUGUGUACUUGGAUGUUGUGCCGAUGUUUCAUGUGUACGGACUUUCUAUGUUCGUGAUGGGGUUGCUGUCGUUGGGCUCCACGGUGGUUGUGAUGGGAAGGUGCGACGGCGAUGAAGUGGUGAGAGCCAUUGAGAGAUUCGGGGUCACUCAUUUUCCGAUCGCGCCGCCGCUGUUGAGAACAUUGACGCUAAAAGCAAAGGCGGCGACGGCCGGUGGUAUUAACAGAGUGGUGAUGAAGAGUAUGAAGCAGGUUUCAUGUGGGGCCGCCCCCACAAGUUUAGCCUGGAUUCAAGACUUUGUUCAAACUCUGCCCCAUAUUGAUUUCAUCCAGGGUUAUGGCAUGACAGAGUCUACUGCUGUUGGAACAAGAGGUUAUAACACUGCAAAACUUCAUAAUUAUUCUUCAGUAGGACUUUUGGCUCCAAAUAUGGAAGCCAAAGUGGUAGAUUGGAAUACUAGUUUACCCUCACCUCCCAACUGCAAGGGUGAGCUUUGGCUACGAGGACCUUCUAUCAUGAAAGGGUACCAAAAUAACAUUGAGGCGACGAAGAGUACACUAGAUGAUGAAGGGUGGUUGCAUACAGGUGACAUUGUGUAUUUUGAUUGUGAAGGGUACCUCUAUGUCAAUGACCGACUGAAAGAGAUCAUUAAAUACAAAGGCUUCCAGAUCGCUCCUGCUGAUUUGGAAGCAGUGUUAAUUUCUCACCCAGAUAUUAUUGAUGCUGGAGUAACCUCAGCCAGCGAGGAUGAAGUGGGAGAGAUUCCGGUGGCAUUUGUGGUAAAGAGGAACAACAGUGAACUAUCAGAGGCAGAUAUAAUUGCUUUUGUAGCUCAACAGGUUGCACCAUACAAGAAGGUUAGGCGAGUCUACUUCACAACGUCAAUACCUAAAUCUCCAACAGGAAAGAUUCUGAGAAAGGAGAUGAGGAAAUUCAUGAGGACUUCAAAAUUGUAGACUUCAUUUGCCUCUCCAACUAACUUUCCGCUUUAUAAAAGAAAAUGUUGCAAUGUUUAUUUUAUCCAUUCCUUUGUGACAUUGACCAACAUGGCAAACAUAUGGUUAAAGUAAAGGUUGAAAAUGUCACUCUUAAUAAGCAAUGACAAUUAUAAGAAAUGUAGUGAUUAUGGCAAUGUAGUUGUUAUAUUUUAGUAUCUGUACUCAAACUUUUUCCCUUGAGUUUUUUAAUAUAACGCUUUAAAUAAAUUCAAAUUACAUUUAGUUCUCUA